UGUACUUAAUUUGGUAACAGCUGGCCCGGCGGCCUUUCGACUUCUCUUGGGCCAACACGUUUCAAUGGCACAAGUCUCUCUCUUCCCUCUCUCCCCUCCUUCGACACCUACCGCUAUUGCUUCUCGUCUGCGACUUCACAAUCACAGCCGACUCAUUUUUCAGUUAAACAGAAUUCAAGCUUCUGAUUCUACUUCUACUUCCGCUUGCGACUCGAAUCCGAAAGUCGUCGUAACCAGAGAACUUGGCAAAAAUGGAAAGCUCAUCAAAGCUCUGGCAAAGCAUGGGAUCAAUUGUUUGGAGCUUCCACUUAUCCAGCAUGCACCGGGGCCUGAUUUGGGUAGACUAUCUUCUGUAUUAAGUGCAGAUGCUGCAUUCGACUGGAUCAUCAUAACUUCGCCUGAAGCGGGUUCUGUCUUUAUAGAGGCAUGGAAGGAGGCUGGUACCCCAAAUGUCAAGGUUGGUGUUGUGGGAGCUGGUACAGCUAGUAUUUUUGACCAAGUAAGGCUAUUGUCAAAGCAUUCGCUCGAUGUGGCUUUUACACCAUCAAAAGCUACAGGAAAAGUUUUGGCUUCAGAGCUUCCAAAGAAUGGGAAUGAAAGAUGCACUGUCUUGUAUCCUGCUUCUGAAAAAGCUAGCAAUGAGAUUGAAGAAGGCUUAUCCAAUCGUGGAUUUGAGGUUGUGAGGCUGAAUACAUACACAACGGUUAGUACUGCAAUGCUGGAACCUGUUCAUCAUGUUGACCAGACUGUUCUGAAGCAGGCACUUUCUACCCCAGUUGUUGCAGUUGCUUCACCUUCUGCAGUUCGUUCCUGGGUCAAAAUUAUUUCAGAAUCUGAGCAGUGGAGCAAUUCAGUUGCAUGUAUUGGUGAGACUACUGCUUCAGCUGCAAAAAGAUUAGGCCUGAGAAACGUUUACUACCCAACACAUCCUGGACUUGAAGGUUGGGUAGAUAGCAUCCUUGAAGCCUUGGGAGCACAUGAACGUAUCUAGACGUUUAAGUUAUUCAGUUUCCUUCCAGCUUACUGACGUGGAAAAAUCAGGCAAGAUUGGGGUAGCACAUCUACAAAUGAGGUUUGCGUGACUUGCAUAAUUAUGACAGGAAAACUUGCGAGCGGCAGAACAGAAAGGUUCUGAGAUGUUUGACAUUGUGGAGACAUUAUAUCUCGUUGGCAUAGCUUUCUUUUGAGGUCACUAAAGAGGCUAUUCAAACGACUUGUCGAAAAAAAGCUUCUCUAUUUGUUUAUUUUUUUCUUUGAUUGUAUUUAUAUAUAUGAUUUCACAUAAUUAUACAACUCACUGACUGGAUCAGGACUAUUGCUAUAUCGCAAUUUCUUGAAUUGCUGACGACCAGGGGAAGUCUUGUUAGGAGUAGAGCUGUGAUUAAUCUCUGUGGAUUCUGUUAUUGUACGAUACUACUGUACAUUUGAAGUUAUAAUGGAGAGUCCUUUCUU